CUGCUGCUGCCGCCGCCGCCGCUGCUGCUGCCGCUGCUGCUGCUGCUGCCCGCCGCGUGCGCGGCCGCUCGGGAACCCCCUGCAGCGGCCCGGCUCAGCCUGCACCCGCCCUACUUUAACCUGGCGGAGGCGGCGAGGAUUUGGGCCACAGCCACCUGCGGCGAGCCGGGGCUCGGCAGCGCGCGACCCCGGCCAGAGCUCUACUGCAAGUUGGUAGGGGGGCCCACGGCCCCGGGCAGCGGCCGCACCAUCCAGGGGCAGUUCUGUGACUAUUGCAAUUCUGAGGACCCCAGGAAAGCACAUCCAGUCACCAAUGCUGUUGAUGGAUCUGAACGUUGGUGGCAAAGCCCUCCUCUCUCCUCAGGCCUAUGGUACAACAAAGUCAACGUCACUUUGGAUUUAGGGCAGCUUUUCCAUGUGGCCUAUAUUUUAAUCAAAUUUGCAAAUUCUCCUCGUCCUGAUCUUUGGGUCUUGGAAAGAUCUGUAGACUUUGGAAGCACCUAUUCACCUUGGCAAUAUUUUGCUCAUUCUAAAGUAGACUGUUUGGAACAAUUUGGGCAGGCGGCAAAUACAGCUAUCACACGAGAUGAUGAUGUGCUUUGUACUACUGAAUAUUCCCGAAUUGUACCUUUGGAAAAUGGUGAGGUUGUGGUGUCCUUGAUAAAUGGUCGUCCAGGUGCAAAAAAUUUUACUUUCUCUCAUACUCUGAGGGAGUUCACCAAGGCAACAAAUAUCCGCUUGCGUUUUCUCCGAACUAACACCCUUCUUGGACACCUCAUCUCCAAAGCACAGCGAGAUCCAACUGUCACUCGGCGGUAUUAUUACAGCAUAAAGGAUAUCAGCAUUGGUGGGCGGUGUGUUUGCAACGGCCAUGCUGAAGUAUGCAAUGCAAACAAUCCUGAAAAACUGUUUCGUUGUGAAUGCCGACACCACACCUGUGGGGAGACAUGUGAUCACUGUUGUGCUGGGUACAAUCAGAGGCGCUGGCAGCCUGCCAUGUGGGAACAGAGCAACGAGUGUGAAGCAUGCAACUGCCACGGCCAUGCCAUCGACUGUUACUAUGAUCCAGAUGUUGAGAGGCAGAAGGCAAGCUUGAAUAUUGAAGGCAACUAUGCAGGUGGAGGGGUCUGCAUUAAUUGUCAGCAUAACACAGCUGGUAUAAACUGUGAAAAGUGUGCUAAGGGUUAUUACCGCCCUUACGGUGUUCCAGCUACUGCCCCCGAUGGCUGCAUCCCUUGCAGCUGUAACUCUGAGCAUGCAGAUGACUGUGAGCAAAGCUCAGGCCGCUGUAUCUGCAAGCCAAAUUUCCAUGGCGACAACUGUGAGAAGUGUGCAGUCGGAUACUACAAUUUCCCAUUUUGCUUGAGAAUUCCCAUUUUCCCUAUUUCUACUCCCAGUCCAGAAGAUCCAGUAGCUGGAAAUAUAAAAGGAUGUGACUGUAACUUGGAGGGCGUCCUCCCUGAAAUAUGUAACGCCCAUGGAAGGUGCCUAUGCCACCCUGGUGUGGAGGGCCCUCGCUGUGACGCCUGCCGCUCGGGUUUCUACUCAUUCCCUAUUUGCCAAGCCUGCCAGUGUUCAGCCCUUGGCUCCUACCAGACACCCUGCAGCCCAGUGACUGGACAGUGUGAAUGCCGGCCAGGGAUUACAGGACAGCGGUGUGACAGGUGCCUCUCAGGAGCCUACGAUUUCCCCCACUGCCAAGGCUCUAGCAGUUCCUGUGACCUGUCUGGUACCCUGGACUCCAGUUUGGGAUAUUGCCAGUGCAAACUUCAAGUUGAAAGUCCUACCUGCAGCAUCUGCAAGCCAUUAUAUUGGAAUCUGACCAAAGAAAACCCCAAUGGGUGUUCAGAUUGAAGGCAGGAUAGUACUCAAAAAUGCCAAGGUAAAGGUGGCUAAGUGGAGUGAAUAUCCUUAAAUAAGAGUAUAUUUUCAUAUAAGCAUAUCAGAAAUGACCUUGACAUUAGAAUCAUUUAAAAAUCCCAUGAUGUUGCAGCUUUUGUCUUAGAGUGAUCAUAAACUUGUCAUUACUCCUCGUAGGUAGAUGGUACUGAUCUGGCUGUUCUGCUGACUACAGAAAGCAAUCUAAUUUUAGGCUUUGCAACAGUGCAAAAUGGAAUUCUGCUGAAGCAUGCUAGGAUGUGACUGCACGUGUAAUAUUGCUGGUGUGUGAUGUUCCCAGCGCCAG